AUGUCAUCGCCGUUCGAUCGCCCCGACCGCGGGUCCUCGCGACGCGGCGUCUGGUCGCAUUGGGUGCCGCUCGCCGUAACUGUCACAGUCGCAACCGUUGGCCUGGCCGCUUGGGUCUGGAGCCAGCGCAAGGACGACGAGGGUGGCGCCGUCGACCACGAUGCCGAGCCCGACCUCGACUACGAGAAUGCAGACUACGGCGACAACCCUCCCUAUGGCGCAACGAGCCGCGACCGGACCGCCGACGCACGGCCGCCGCGACGCGACGACGAGAGCAUCGGCGUAGGCCCUGGCCCCGGCCCCGGCCCUGCGCCGAGCGACGUCUCCGCUGCUGGAUGGGGCGCGCGCAUGUCCGGCGCUCUCCGGCGUACCCCGAGUCCGCAGCAGUUCCUCGACUCGACCGGCAAGACGGUCGCCGCCGGCGUUGCUGCGGCCGGCGCGGCCAUGGGCAAGGCCUUGGCCUCGAUCCGCGAGGAAGACAAACACUAUGGCGAGAACCCGUGGUCCGAGGAAGCCGACGCGAAGAAGGAUCGCGCCGCGCCCGCAUCGGACAAGAGACGCAGGACUGUCGCAAUUGUGGUGUCGGCAGACGCGCAAGUGUCGGCCGCCGACGACCACGAAAUUGCCUCCAUCCUGUCUCACAUUCCGCGCCACAACGACUUCUCCCGGAUCAAGCUCUACAUCCUCAUCUACGCCCCUGACCUGAAGGACACUGCGCUGGAGACUGCUACCAGUAACCUACCGCCGCCUUCGCUGAGCUCGUCAUUUUCUAACAUUGGCCACGAUCAAGCGCAAACACCGGGCGAGGAGGCCAAGAGCCCUCUUGCGGCUGCGACGAACAAUGCGGCCUUCAACGCCGUGUAUUCACAAGCGCUGACGCUCGUGGACAAGGAGCCGAUGAUUCUGCCAUUCACGACGCCGAAUGGCCACGUCCACAUCUUGCGCCAUAUCCAGCCCGAGGUCGUCUACCUCCAGGAGUCGCUGGCGGGCGACAACGGCAGCAUCAUCACCAACCUUCAGACGUGGCUGCGCCACGACGUGAUCCUGGUUGUCGGCGCCGAGAGCGGGUCUGGUGGCCUGGCGGACAGUGAGUCAGAGGCAGAAAAGAGCGGCAAAGAGGAGAAGUGGUGGCAGCGCCCCGAGAGGGUUGGCCGCGGCCGCGGCGUCGUGGUCGUAGACGGCAUGCGGGUGCAUGACGACUGGACUCGUCGUGUCCAGGGCCGGGAAUGA